AUAACUUGACACACCAAACCUCUAAAACAAAUCAUCAAAUCAUCAAAUCAUCGUCGCUUGAUUUUACUUCUCUGCCCUUUCUUCUUUACAACAAAACAAAGAGUCAGUCAGACUUGAGUUUUCAACUCUCAAAGCCCACAAUGGCUUCCACUUCUCUUGCUUUCCCCUCUCUUCAACCCCAGUUCCGAUCAUCGCGAAAAUCGCACAAGCGAUCCAAUCGCCGUUUCGUUUCUUUUCCAAUACAUGCCUCUGUCUCCGAGAAAUCAUCUGUACCGGUCCCACCAGCGGCGGUAGAACAGCACGAACCGUCGAAACUUCCGAUCAGAAAAAUCCCCGGAAAAUACGGUCUCCCAUUUAUCGGUCCGGUCGCCGAUCGGCUUGACUACUUCUACAACCAAGGGAGAGACGAGUACUUCAAAUCCCGCAUCCAGAAAUACCAGUCAACGGUUUUCAGAGCCAAUAUACCACCGGGCCCACUCAUCACCUCGAAUCCGCGCGUGAUCGUCUUACUCGACGGCAAGAGCUUCCCGGUUCUCUUCGACGUGACGAAGGUCGAGAAGAAGGACCUCUUCACGGGUACUUUCAUGCCGUCAACGGAUCUCACCGGCGGCUAUCGAGUCCUUUCAUAUCUCGACCCGUCGGAGCCGAACCACGGCAAAAUCAAGAGCCUGAUUUUCUUCCUCCUCAAGUCUCGCCGCGACAAGGUGAUCCCUGAGUUCCACUCCAGCUACACCGAGCUCUUCGAGACCUUGGAAAGCGAGCUCGCCGCUAAAGGGAAGAGCAACUUCGGCGAAGCCAACGACCAAGCCGCCUUCAACUUCUUGUCCCGCGCUCUUUACGGGACCAACCCCGCCGACACGAAGCUAGGAAACGACGGCCCGGGUUUGGUCCAGAAAUGGGUUGUUUUCCAACUGAGUCCGAUCCUUGUCCUCGGUCUACCCAAAUUCGUCGAGGAACUGACGCUCCACUCGUUCCGGCUUCCGCCGUUUCUGGUGAAAUCCGAUUACCAGAGGCUCUACGACUUCUUCUACGAGUCGUCUGGACACGUGCUGGACGAGGCCGAGAGGCUGGGAAUCUCGAGGGAGGAGGCGUGUCACAACUUGCUAUUCGCCACGUGCUUCAAUUCCUUCGGCGGGAUGAAGAUCCUAUUCCCUAACAUGCUGAAACAGAUUGGCCGAGCCGGAGUCAAGCUCCACACAGAGUUGGCGAGGGAGAUCAGGACCGUCGUCAGAUCCAACGGCGGGAAAGUCACGAUGGCGGCGAUGGAGCAAAUGCCGCUGAUGAAGUCCGUCGUAUAUGAAUCUCUCCGGAUCGAACCCCCCGUUUCGUUGCAGUUCGGGAAGGCGAAGAGGGACUUCGUGAUCGAGAGUCACGACGCGGCGUUCGAGAUCAAAGAGGGGGAGAUGAUAUUCGGUUACCAACCGUUCGCGACGAAGGACCCGAAGAUCUUCGACAGGGCCGAGGAGUUCGUUCCAGACAGGUUUGUCGGGGAGGAAGGCGAGAGGCUGUUGAAGCACGUGCUUUGGUCGAACGGACCCGAGACGGAAUCUCCUACGGUGGGGAACAAGCAGUGCGCAGGGAAGGAUUUGGUGGUGCUGUUCUCGAGGCUGCUGGUGGUGGAGUUGUUCCUCCUAUACGACUCGUUCGAGAUAGAGGUUGGUACGUCGGCCUUAGGUUCCGCCGUUACGGUGACCUCUCUCAAAAGAGCCAGCUUUUGAAUUGGUUGAAUCUCGUCGUCGAUGAUCGUCCCGUAUCGAUUGGGAAAUUUUUUUUUUGUUACUUCCAGGGGUAAAAUUGGGAAACUGGGUUGGGAAAAUGUUGAUUGGUUGGACCAGAAGAGUACAAUGUGAGUGUACAUUUUUUGUGGGAAUAAUCCACUGCUGUUACGCUGUAGUGGAUUUCUUUCAAGUUUGGAUUGUACGUUUUUCUUAAGGGUAAUGUUGUACGCCGAAACAAGUCAUAGCCUGUGUAUGUUUAGUACGAAAAUUUGUUUUGAAUGUACGUCUUUCAUUUAAAAAAAAAUACGCGUAAGUUGAUAAUAAUUUUGAAUUAUAAUUUUAAAUUUAUGAACUGAAUAUCUAAUUAGUAUUUGAAUACAAGAAA